AGCCGACUUUCCAGGCACCGUUCCCAGCGUGAACCAGCCCAUCCUCCAAUCACACCAUCCACCGUAGAUUGCAGCCGGCGGUGUGGCCGGCAGGUCGUAUGUCGCAAUUAAUUCUCGCAUGUCACUGCAAGGGGCCCACCGGAAAUUGCGUCGUUAUUUAAGACUGUCCGUGGCCUGCCGACAGUCAGUCCUCGUGUCUGAUCGCAGUCGCUGAUCAAGCUCAUCAUGUUGGUCCGUCAGCUUGCCGUGGCUCUGGCCAUUGCGGCUGUGUCUAAUGCCAUCCCGACCUCCGUUAAGCACGUCCUGCACGAGAAGCGCAGCCAGCCCGCAUCCGACUGGGUGAAGGGGGCUCGCGUGGACAGCGAUGCCGUCUUGCCCAUGCGCAUUGGUCUCGCCCAAAACAACUUGGACAAGGGUUAUGACUUGUUGAUGGAAGUUUCGCAUCCUACCUCUCCCAAGUACGGCCAGUACUGGUCGGCCGAUGAGGUGCACGACAUGUUCGCACCCUCUGACGAAGCUGUCGAAGCCGUGCGAGAGUGGCUCGCCGCUUCCGGAAUCCAUCCAUCGCGAGUGGUGCAUUCGGACAACAAGGGCUGGCUCGCGUUCGAUGCCUACGCUCAUGAAGCUGAGAGUCUUCUCCUGACAAAGUUCCAUGAACACGAGAGCAAGGCCAGUGCCAGCAUCAAGGUCGGAUGUGAUGAGUACCAUGUCCCCCAGCACAUCCAGAAGCACAUCGACUACAUCACCCCGGGAGUGAAGCUCACUCAGGUUGUGAAGAAGAGGAACAAGGUUAAGCGUGCGUCCCAGCUGGCGCACUCGUCCAAGGCCAAAUCCGCCGGAUUGUCGGGCUCGCAGCCUCUGCCGGCCAAGGCCAAGUUUCUGCCGGACGACCUCAAGGCCUGUGGCUACAACAUCACCCCCUCGUGUAUCAAGGCCUUGUACCAGAUCCCUGACGCUACCACGGCGACUCCGGGCAAUAGUCUGGGUCUUUAUGAGCAGGGUGACUACUUUGCCAAGUCUGACCUUGACCUGUUCUACAAGGAGUAUGCUCCAUGGGUCCCUCAGGGUACCUAUCCCAUCCCGGCCCUGAUUGACGGCGCCAACUACUCGGUUCCCUCUUACAGCUCUCUCAACACUGGUGAAUCAGACAUUGACAUUGACAUGGCCUACUCCCUGCUCUACCCGCAGGAGGUCACCCUUUACCAGGUUGACGACCAGCUCUACGAGCCCGUGGAGGUCGACACCACCAAUCUGUUCAACACCUUCCUCGAUGCUCUGGAUGGCUCCUACUGCACUUACAGCGCCUAUGGCGAGACUGGCGACGACCCGGAGAUCGACCCCGUGUACCCCGACAACCGCCCUGGCGGCUACAAAGGCAAGCUUCAGUGUGGUGUUUACAAGCCCACAAACGUGAUCAGCGCCUCCUACGGCCAGUCGGAGGCCGAUCUUCCUGUCGGCUACACCAAGCGCCAGUGCAACGAGUUCAUGAAGCUCGGUCUGCAGGGCCACUCCAUCCUGUUCGCCUCUGGUGACUACGGUGUUGCUUCUUUCGCUGGCGAUGGUGACGAGAACGGCUGUCUCGGCCCUGAGGGCAAGAUCUUCAACCCUCAGUACCCCUCGAACUGCCCGUACGUCACCUCCGUCGGAGGCACAAUGCUCUACGGCUACCAGACUGUGAACGACAGCGAGAGCGUGAUGCACGUCAACCUCGGCGGCACCGCAACCAACUUCAGUACCUCUGGUGGCUUCUCGAACUACUUCCCUCAGCCGGCCUACCAGGUGGCUGCGGUCGCGCAAUACUUUGAGACGGCUAACCUGUCCUACCCGUACUACUCCGAGUUCCAGGUGGACGUCAACACCACCAAGGGUCGCUACAACCGUCUCGGACGUGCUUACCCUGACGUCUCUGCCAACGGCGCCAAUUUCCGGGCUUACAUGGACAGCUACGACUACCACUGGUAUGGAUCCAGUUUGGCGUCGCCGUUGUUUGCGUCGGUCCUUACUUUGCUUAACGAGGAGCGCUUUGCGAUCGGCAAGGGGCCUGUCGGUUUCGUUAACCCUGUCCUCUACGCUUAUCCCCAGGUUCUCAACGACAUUACCAACGGUACUAAUGCCGGAUGCGGAACCUACGGUUUCAGUGCUAUUGAGGGAUGGGACCCUGCCAGCGGCUUGGGUACGCCUAACUACCCCCUGAUGAAGGAGUUGUUCCUGUCUCUGCCUUAGGCUAUGAUUGAUGGAUGUGUCACGUGUGAGAUGUAUAUAACUAUUGAUGUGGACUAGUUACGACGAUAGGAAUAAUGUGUAGAUGAAUGAGCGGCAUUAUUCUAUUCGGCUGUGUAGUGGGUAUUUGGGAGUUGUAAGUGACAUUCAUGGUUUGAUACUGUUCCUAGUAUACAGUGAAGGGUAUUGAAAUGAUGCUGGUCAUAGUUCAUCAAGUGUAAAUUAGUCGUCCUGAUCGAAUGUGCCAACCG